AAUUACAAUUUAAAAUUAUCAUUCUGAUGAAAAAUGGUGCGCAAUAAUACCUGUAAUAUACUAACACUACAACUAUUGAUGUAAUUAGUGGAAGUUAUAAAAUUCUACAAGUAAUCACAUGCAUGUACAUCUACAGGUAAUUCAUGUAUUUUAUUCAUUUAUUUAUUUAAUUUAACGUUAUAACGGUAGGGUGGUGCUAGCUGCUGCCUGAGCUGUACAGCUGUGCCUGAUAACACCCACGCAUUGCUGCUUCAAAAGGAGGCUAGCCCCAAAAAUAUGGCCAUCGUUGGAGAGACGAUAAAAGUCCUCUUUAUUGGUGAUCUUGCCGUUGGAAAAACGUCAAUAUUCAAAUUAUUUAAAAAUCAUGAAGUGAAGAUGAAUCCUAAACAUACAAUAGACCCUGAUAUUGUCAGCAAAACUAUUGUUAUUGAAAAUCCUCACACAACAGUAGAACUGCACCUCUACGAUACAGCAGGACAGGAACGGCACAAAACAUUGACAAGACAGUUCUAUAGAAAUGCUGACAUUGCUCUUCUUGUGUUCAGUAUUGAUGAUGGUGAUUCAUUCCACCACAUUGAGCAGGUUUGGAGACAAGAAGUCUUGAAGCGUAGUGAAAAGGACGAUGUGAAGAUGAUUCUAAUUGGUAACAAAGCUGAUCUUUACGAAGAGAGGGUCAAUGAAGUAUCAACAAGCGAGGAAUACGCUAGGAGACAUGGCAUGAAGUUCAUUGAAAUGUCUGCCAUUAGAAAAGACGAUUAUCAAAAGGUGGACUCAGUCCUUCGAGAAACUGCAGCUGAAAUUGUACGUCAAGGAGGCAGAUCUAGCUCUACUAAUGAAGAGCAUAGACCUGUACAAAGAGAUGAAGUAAUUCACAUAGAGCCAGUGCCAAAUCCUAUCCAUGCAGCACCUAAUGAGCCACAACAAGAGCAACAGAAAAAUAAAAGCCUUACAUGGAAGUUGAAAGCUGUCUGGCUUUUGUAUCAAACUGGAGGGCCUGCCCUUAAUUAGUUUUAAGCUAUGGCCUCUGCUAUGACCUCAAUUGUUGCAGGUGCAGGAAAACAGCUCCAAAUAAUCUUCAUUGGUGAUUCUGAUGUUGGGAAGACAUCAAUAUUCAAAUUAUUUGAAAAUCAUGAGGUCUUCAAGUUCAAGCCUCCUGUGGUCACAACUGAUGCUCAGACAAUAGAAAGGAACGUUGUCAUUGGACCACCACAUGAGACAGUAAAGCUCUAUAUUUAUGACACAGCUGGUCAGUGGUCAGAAAAGGUUUAAGCCUGGUUUUCUUACAACAUGGCUGCAACAAUAGUGGAGAUAGAAUCAUAAAAAUCAGGUCUAUCUCUACAAUAGUUGUAUGUUAACCAUGUAUGGAGCACUGAAGCAGUGCGGAUCAAUAAAUCAAGCAAGGCUGUGGAAUUAUGGAAACCAGGCUUUAGGAGGAUCAUAGGAUGCAAUUACCAUUCAACAUGUGUCCACUCAACACAUGGGUGAGGUGGAUUCAAUAUUAACUAUUCAGAUUUAGAUUAUUAGACUCUAGAGUGUAUCUAGCUCCUGCAUGCUGCAUUGUUGUCAAAUCCACAAAAAU